AAAGGCGCAACUGGCGACUACAAAAAUCGAUUUUUUAUUAUAAAGAUAAUCCAACUGUUAAGUCUCCUCCCUUAUAUAGAAGCGCGACAGGAGGACGAGGAGGAAGAAGAAGAAGAGAAGAGAGGAGCAAAUCGAAGCAGAUUCUGUGAUCCGAUCGAAAGUCUGUCCGGGAGGCGGGAUUCUCUGGUUCUGUGGAGUGAUUUGGGAGGAAGAAGAAGAAGAAGAAGAAGAAGAAGAAGAGAUGGCUUCCGCGAAAUCCCUGGAGAGGGCGAGCAGCUUCGCCAUGGCGUGCAGCCUCCUCAGCCGCUACGUCAGGCAGAACGGCGCGGCAGCCGGCGAGCUCGGCCUCGGCGUCAGAGAUGAAGCCGAUGCGCAGAAGGGGAAAGAGACCAUGGAGUUGUUCCCCCAGAACGCGGGGUUCGGCUCUGAAGCUGCCGUGAAGGAAGCCCCUGAUGCGAGAGAGCAAGAGAAGCAGCAGUUGACCAUCUUCUACGGUGGGAAGGUCCUUGUGUUCAAUGACUUCCCAGCUGAGAAGGCUAAGGACCUGAUGCAGAUGGCCAGCAAGAGUGCCUCCACAACUCAGAAUUCUGCCCUCCUUCCAUCUUCCACCACGGCGGCAACUGUUACCGACAGCACUAAGGUCUCAGCUGUACCAGCCCAAGCAAACCCACUGCCUGUUGCUCAGGCCAAUGCGCAAAAACCUGUUCGUCCAAACGCAGCAGAUCUGCCUCAGGCUAGGAAGGCAUCGCUUCACCGGUUCCUCGAGAAAAGAAAGGAUCGCCUUCAGGCAAAAGCUCCGUAUCAGGGUUCCCCUUCGGAUGCUUCCCUGGUCAAGAAGGAGGUUCAGGAGAGUCAGCCAUGGCUCGGGUUAGGGCCUCAAGUUGGCGCUCCCGACCUGAGCUUGCGGCAGGAAUCGAGCCAGUGAUUCUAUGUUCAAUUCUGAGAUACCCCUGAUUCAGUCAUAGAAGCUAUCACGACUCUUUAUAUGGAGUGUUUUGUGUUAGGACACGAUCCGAUGACAAUGCGAUGCUUUCCGCCUGAUAAUAUAGGUUAAAGUAGCUGAUGAUUAUGACCAGUAAUCUGAAUCAAAUUGCCAUGGUAGAAAGCUGAGGGCUUCUGUAAUCAGUAUUCAGUACCUUCCCCAAACAAACAGAACCUCAUCUGUA